AUGACUUUGAGAGAAGGUGUGCCGCUUCUGUAUCAGCAGUUCACAGCGUUGUUCAAAAAGAAUCUACUGCUCUCAUGGCGAAACAAGAGCGCCACGUGUCUCCAUCUCUUCUCUUCGUUCUUCUUCAUCUUUCUCAUCUUCUGUAUCCAAGAAGCGACGAAGGCGAGCGAGGUAACCUCGUUGGCGCACGUAAAUAUCACCGAUCCUAAGGCAUUAGCUUCGCCUCCGAUUCCGCCUUGUGAGGAUAAGUUCUACGCGAAGCUUCCAUGCUACGACUUCGUGUGGAGUGGGAACCAGAGCCGACGAGUGUCCAACAUCGUCUCUGCUAUUAUGGCGAACAAUCCAGGAAGACCUAUUCCGACCAACAAGGUUCAAUCAUUCAAAGGACCCAAGGAGGUAGAUGCAUGGUUUACGUCACAUCCUUUGCAUGCCCCAGGAGCUUUGCAUUUUACGGAAAGGAACGCUACAGUGAUCAGCUAUGGAGUUCAGACAAACUCUUCUUCGGCUACAAAACGUGGUCGGACUGAAGAUCCAACGUUUAAGUUUCUUGUCCCUCUUCAAAUCGCUGCAGAGCGUGAGAUCGCAAGGUCUUUAAUUGGAGAUCCAAAGUUUGGUUGGAGUUUUGGAUUUAAAGAGUUUGCACGACCAGCUGUUGCUAAAGAAGUAACUAUCUCUCCACUGAAUCUUAUGGGACCAGUGUUCUUUCUUGCUUUCUCCAUGUUUGGUUUUGUUCUCCAACUCGGUUCUCUAGCUACCGAGAAAGAGCUUAAACUUCGCCAGGCAAUGACAAUGAUGGGAGUUUACGAUACAGCUUAUUGGUUAUCAUGGCUCAUAUGGGAAGGCAUCCUUACAUUUGUAUCAUCACUCUUCUUAGUCCUCUUUGGAAUGAUGUUCCAAUUCGAUUUUUUCUUGAAGAACAGUUUCUUUGUUGUCUUCCUACUUUUCUUGCUUUUUCAGUUUAAUAUGAUUAGCCUAGCGUUCGUGCUGUCAUCUUUCAUUAGCAAAUCAUCUUCAGCAACAACCGUUGGUUUCCUUGUUUUUCUCAUUGGCUUUAUCACACAGACUGUAGCUUCUGGUGGAUUCCCUUAUUCAAGCACAUAUUCCCUUACCCGCCGGGUGAUUUGGUCAUUCUUUCCACCCAAUACCUUUUCUGCUGGGUUGCAGCUGCUUAUCGAAGCGACAUCAGUUCCCGGAAGCCCUGGAAUUAGUUGGAGUAAAAGAGAUGUAUGCUCAGGGGAUGACGCCACCUGCUUUCUUACAAUGAAUAAAAUCUACAUAUGGCUUGUGGGGACAUUCUUUUUCUGGUUUGUUUUGGCUAUCUACUUUGACAAUAUCAUCCCCAAUGCCUCUGGUGUAAGAAAAACAAUCUUCUACUUUCUAAAGCCUAGUUAUUGGACUAGCAAAGAGGGCAACAAAGUGAAAGAAGGGAGCAUUUGUAGCUGCUUUGGCUCAGUUCCACCUGUAGAGCAUUUAUCACCAGAGGACCAAGAUGUGCUUGAAGAGGAGACACUAGUUAGACAACAAGCAAGCGGUGGGAUAGUUGAUCCUAACAUUGCUGUUGAGAUUCAUGGUCUUGCAAAGACAUAUCCUGGCACGACAAAGCUUGGUUGUUGCAAAUGUACCAAAACAUCCCCUUUUCAUGCUGUAAAGGGUUUGUGGAUGAAUAUAGCCAAAGACCAGUUGUUCUGUCUUCUUGGACCCAAUGGUGCAGGGAAGACAACUACUAUCAGCUGUCUGACUGGUAUAAAUCCAGUUACUGGUGGGGAUGCUCUUAUCUAUGGAGAUUCCAUAAGAAGCUCUGUUGGUAUGUCCAACAUUCGUAAAAUGAUUGGAGUUUGUCCUCAGUUUGAUAUCCUUUGGGAUGCUUUGUCAAGUGAAGAACACCUCCACCUCUUUGCUAGCAUCAAAGGGUUGCCACCUGCAUCUAUCAAACCGAUUGCAGAGAAGUUACUUGCAGAUGUAAAGCUGACAGGAGCAGCUAAAUUUAGAGCAGGAAGCUACAGUGGUGGAAUGAAACGUAGACUCAGUGUUGCAAUUGCACUCAUUGGUGAUCCCAAGCUGGUCUUUCUAGAUGAACCGACUACUGGUAUGGACCCUAUCACAAGGAGACAUGUGUGGGACAUUAUACAGGAAUCAAAGAAAGGCCGUGCCAUCAUACUAACAACACAUUCUAUGGAAGAAGCUGAUAUUUUAGGUGAUAGAAUAGGGAUCAUGGCUAAAGGCAGGCUCCGCUGCAUUGGAACCUCCAUCAGGUUAAAAUCUCGCUUCGGCACGGGUUUCAUCACUACAGUUAGCUUCCUUGAAAACAAAAACGACGGUGCUGGAACCUCACCUGAGCCACUUAAAAAAUUCUUCAAAAAUCAACUGAAAGUUGAGCCAAUAGAAGAGAAAAAAGCUUUCAUGACUUUUGUUAUCCCCCACGACAAAGAGAAACUUUUGGCGGAUUUUUUUGAAGAGCUACAACACAGAGAAUCUGAAUUUGGAAUCUCGGACAUACAGCUAGGGCUUGCAACUCUUGAAGAAGUGUUUCUGAACAUCGCAAGACGGGCUGAACUAGAAAGUGCAACAGCUGAAGGAACCUUGGUUACUCUCGAGUUAGAAGAAUCAGGCAUCUUGGUCGAGAUACCUGUUGGAGCAAGAUUUGUAGGUAUACCAGGAACUGAAAACGCGGAGAAUCCUAGAGGAAUGAUGGUGGAAGUGUACUGGCAACAAGAUGGUUCUGGUUCGAUGUGCAUCUCUGGACACUCGCCGGAGAUGAGCAUACCACAGAACGUUCCUGUGUUAUAUGAGCCACCAUCACAAGUGUUAGGACGCGGGCAGCGACGAGUUCGGGGUUCCGUGAUUGAUUAUGAAUCUAGCGAUUAAUAUAUUAUGCUAGUCUUAAAAU